UUUGUUCGUUUGCAGACAAUCAUAAGGGAAAUGAAUCGUCUGGGAAUGAUGGUGGACUUAUCGCACGUUUCCACAGGCACAAUGCGGCAUGCCUUGGAAGUGAGUGAAGCACCUGUUAUAUUCUCUCAUUCAUCUGCAUAUGAGCUGUGCAAUUCAAGCCGGAAUGUACAAGAUGACAUGCUUAAAUCUUUGGCCAAAAAUGGCGGUCUUAUCAUGGUUAACUUUUAUUCGAAAUUUUUAUCCUGCAGCGAAAACUCUACGGUGCAUGAUGCAGUUGCUCAUAUAAAUCACAUAAGACGCGUUGCUGGCAUUGAACAUGUGGGUCUCGGCGCUGGAUAUGAUGGCAUCAAUUUCACACCCAAAGGAUUGGAAGAUGUUUCGGCAUAUCCCACACUAUUUGCUGAAUUACUUGGUGUUGGUUGGUCUAUUGAGGAUCUCACAAAACUGGCUGGUGGAAAUUUUCUGCGUGUCAUGCAGCAAGUCGAAAAGGUACGCGAUGAGAAGAAAGCAGCUGGUGUUAAGCCCUAUGAAGAUCAUCCCAACUUCCGUAGCGAUGAUCCAUAUAAUUGUACUUCUAGCUAAUUGAUUAUAAGGGUAUCACCUGAAGUUGUACAGUAAUUACUUUAAACACAAGGACUUAAUAUAGAUUACAAAGCAAGGCAGCUAAAAUUGCAGAAAUUGUGAACGUUUAUGUUUAAAAAACUAUCA